AUGAGCACAGAGGAGGAGAAACACGGAGAGAGAACAGGUAGCUACGUUCUGGCGCUGGAACGCAGUGGCUUCGCUGUAACCACGCUGGGCGACGAUGAAAGGCUGCCAUGCAGUCAUCCUAUCUUUGUCUCCCAUACAGCCAAUCCCACGGGCGCUGGACCAAAAGGUUUCCCGGACUCCUCCGAGGUCUUCCGGGAGUCCAGCAGCACCACGGGCAUGGUGGUGGGCAUCGUAGCAGCGGCGGCUCUGUGCAUCCUCAUCCUGCUCUAUGCCAUGUACAAGUACCGGAAUCGAGACGAGGGUUCCUACCACGUGGACGAGAGCCGCAACUACAUCAGCAACUCUGCUCAGUCAAACGGUUCUAUCGUCAAAGAGAAAGCGGUGAACAACGCAAAGACUUCAACAAAGAACAAGAAGAACAAGGACAAGGAAUACUACGUGUGAUUGUCAAAGUGCUGGUCUUUGGCAGACCAUCUGGAACAUUUCAAGAAAAGACAGCUAUUGUGUACAGUAUGAUAACAAAAUUGAACCUUAUUUAGUCAUUUUUUUUCCAAAAAGACAAUGCUCUGAAAAGUAAAAAGAAAAAAAUCGGAAAAUAUUUCUGCAGACGCAAGGCUGCCUGGAACGAGACUAUGGAUGGAAAAAUGUCUGUAAACUGAAGACAACCAAAUAACAUAAUCCAUCUGUGAUUUGACUCCAAGAACCAAGAACGGGAUGAUCCGACUUCUUCGUUUGUGGCCGCCAGAGGAGGGCAGAUGCACUUUGCCAACCGAGGUUCCCGAAAUAAUGGUUUCAUUUUAAAUUGCCUGUGUUUGUGGUGUUUAGACUUUUGCUUCUAAAGAAUAUGGCACCAUGCAUAACAAACAUUUGAUUUGAAGGAGAGACUAAACCAUCUGACAGCAAACCCCACAAGGGGAAGCGGGGCCGGGGAUGGGGAUGGGGAACAGUGUGCUUGACGGAUGUCCACAGAAUCGGCCAAAGUGUCUCAGUUGAGCAGAAGGGACUGUGAGCGGAUCAAGUAAACUGCAGUGUCAUUUACAAGAACAACAUGUCCAUUGUGCCAGUAAGACAAGAGGAGGCCUUUGAUUUUUGAUUUUUUUUUUUUUUUGCAUCUUGUGAAGUCUAAAGGCGAGCGCUUGCUCAGAAGUGACCGUGUGGGAGCCAUGCACGCGCACACCGAUCCUAUUCUGUGUUUAUAUACAGUACAACCCCAUCUUAAUGUGCUUUCUGAACUGUGACAAUGUGGUGUUUUAUAGCCUGUUGUAUAGAUGAUGCAAAAUAUAACAGCUCCUAAAUCUUUUUUUUUUUUUUUUUAUAAAAACAUUAAAAGGACACAAAAAGACGUAAUUGUUAAGUGUUGCUAGACAUAGAUUUUAUGAACAAAUCUGCAUCUUUUUCCUUUUUUUCACCCCCCUCGCCCCCUUCCUGUUUUUACAUGUGUUCCUUUAUAGUUUUUUUUUAUACAAAGGCUGAGUAGCCCACCUUGGCCCAAAACUGCACAAAGGAGCAGAAUGGUUGGAGAAUCACUGCCUUCCCCUUCCAAUAUGACUGGAGUGAGUGCGGCAAACAAGAAGUCUAUACAGGUGAAUGACAACAGUGAUGAAGAUACAUUCAUGUGUUGUGUGUUUACAAGUUGCAUUAUCGAAUAGUCCAAUGGUCCGGUACUGAUACAAAG